AGCUUGCUCCUUAGGAGUCGUAGAUCGUUUAGCUACAUUGUUGGUCUCGGCAGACAGCAAUCGACCUCAACACGACCGUGGUGUCACCUCAAUUAAAUGUGGUAGACGACCGUUCCCAUGGCUGUUUCUAUUUUUAGCUGUACUAUGUAGCUGAACAGGAAUUCCGCGUUACUGCGCGUCACAUGGCCAUGCAUGCAACACUGCGAAUAGAGUGACACACAAGAGAUGUUUUCAUUGGGAAAUAGGCUUAAGCCUUGUAAGCUAGAUUAUACAAGGUGUGCCAACUGAAAAAAACUACCUCGAUUGUACAGGGUGGGACUGACAGCUGUGACUAGCUCAACAGACAGCCAAUCGAAGCUGCUGUGUAGUCAUACCUGUACAACUCAAAAUUACAAGACGAUGACGGAACUGUGUGGAAAAACUGUGACUUAGUAGCUUCAGAUAAUAACAAGAACAUAACAAGAUUUUGGCUGCCAUAUCGUGGAGGAUGCACAGAAUAUAUAGAACAGUGGCAGCAAGACACAACACCAUGAAACUGCAUGCACUUCCCCAAAGUAAAUUCAGAGAGACACACAUCUGGCCAUGCGAAGUAGAACAAAAGAGUAGCACACCUGAGGCACGCAUGAAGCCAAAAUGCUUGGCGACAAAUGACCAAAAGAAUCCACACUUACUGGACAACGUGUCCACCGAUUUGACUGCAAUGCUUAGGAAUAAGCUGUGCUUGCAGUCAGAGGAGGACACAAUAGACAAGCAGAUGCUGCUGCUACAAAGCUUGGAGCCAGGAGACAUGAUUGAGUUCAAGCGGGAGAAGUCAUCAGAUUGGGCAGUUUUUAUUGGAGAUAAAGCAGUGGUUCAUCUGAUAUGCGAUGAAGCCAGUGACAAGGCUUCUUCCAGCAAUGUCAACAGUUCCAGCAGAAUCGAAGUAGAUGACUUCUUCAAAGUAGCAGGAAGAAGCAUUGUGGAACGUAAUAAUAACUCGGAUACUAAAAGCACUGACACACUGUCAUUCACUCGCAAGGAAUUCUUGGUGAGAGUAGCAGUCAGCCUUUGCAAAGAUCUUAAGUUCAACGACUCCAAGCACUUUGCUACCUGGUGCCGCUAUGGAGAUGAUACCAACAGUGCAGACCGUCUCUUGGAAAAGAACUAUCAUGGCAGCUUUAAUGAAGCCCUCCAUGUUAUUAAAAAUGCUUUUCUUUUAGUAUGGCAUGCCUAAGUGGACAUAUCCCUUCCAACGUUCACAAAAUCGUUUAUUAACCACUCAUCAUGCCCUACCCUAUGCAGGAAGAAGCAGCUGACCAUAAAAACAGAGGCUGUGGUGAUUAGCAGUGUUGUCCAUAGGAAUGGGAAUCCCAUGGGAAACGUCCCAUGGGAUGGGAUGGGAUGGGACAGCACACAUUUGUAUUUCCCAUGGUAGUCGAUACUUGAUAUUGUCAAAUAAAUUUAC